AUGGAUAGUGAAUUGACACCGUCACAAUGUGCGGUUUUAGAAUACCCUUAUUUUCCAGCUAAUACUGUUAAAAUUAUAGCUGGGCCAGGAUCUGGUAAGACUUUCACGUUAUUGCAGAAAGUUCAUCACUUAAUUACAACACAACAGGUUAAACAGGAUGAAAUUCUAAUAUUAUCGCUAACUAACAAAGCUGUCGAUAAUAUCAAAGCCAAACUAAUUGGAACCUUUGAGAAACUGAAUAAAUCGGGGACCUUACAGGAUGAUCUUCAGAAAGUUGUGGAUCAGAUUGAUGUCUUUACAAUUCAUGGAUUAGCAAAUAAAUUAGUCGUUGAGCAUGAAGGAAUUAUAAAUAUCAUUGAAGAAAAUGGGUGGAAGGGACUAUUAAAAUUAGUCUCUUCAGAGUUUUGGAGUCGGCUCAAAAUUUCGUCACCAACAUCUAAAAAUUUAGAAAUGUUAUUGAAGGCAUAUAAGCAGAAGACCAAUAAGGGAGAAUCAAAUAGUACUUUAUUAAAUAUUAUAGAUAUUAUGGAAAGUUGCAAAGUCUUAACCAACGACGACUUGAUUUUGAAGGCCUCAAAGUACCUUUCACUAACUACAGUUCCAAAUGAACAAAGUGAGUUUUUAAAUAAAAUUAAAAAUAAAUAUAAGGUGGUAUUAAUCGAUGAAUUUCAGGACCUGUACCCUAUUUUGCUACCAUUAAUAAAAGAAGUGUCCUUUGGGAAACAACUGAUAAUGUUUGGUGAUAGCAACCAAAGCAUUUAUGAUUUUUUAGGGUCCAAUCAAGAAGUCAUGAGAGAACUUGAUAAAUUACAUAUUGCCGAUGUAUCCAAGACUUUACAUCUAUAUGAUAAUUUCAGAUCUACUCCCGAAAUAAUAUCAGCCUCUAAGCUCGUUUUACCACAUCAUAUAAAUACAACAGAACGAGAAGAUUUGGUAAUGAAGUCGCCCUGUUUCCUAAAACCUCAAAUUUAUCAAUUCAAUGAUAAUAUGGAUCAAAUGGAAUUUAUCGUAAGUGAAAUUGCCAAAUUGGCCACAGCAAAUGUGAAAUUAUCUGAUAUUGCAAUUUUGUCAAGAACUAACAAUCAUUUGAAUGUAGUCGCUGAAUAUUUUCGAAAUUACCAGAUCCCUUAUAAUAAAAUGAUAACCCAACCAGAUUGGUUGAUGGAUACACGUAUACAAUUCCUAAUCGAUCUCAUUAAAGUUGUUGUGUUUGCUCACAAAAGUUCCCAAUCUAUUGAUGAUGAAGUUAGUGCAGUACAUAGGAAGAGUGAUUUCAGUGUACUCAUAACAUUGAGCGCAUUAAAGGGUAUCGGUUCAAAAUCCAUCCAAACAUUAUAUGCUGCUGCCAUAAAAGAAAGAUUACCCUUAUGGGAUUAUAUAUUGACUGUCCCUCAAUCUCAAUGGCAGAGUGGAAUAUCUAAUAAAAAUAAAAUAGUGGAUUAUACCAACAAAGUAUCGAAAUUGGUUGCUGAUAAUACAUUAUGGAGUGCACAAUCACCAUUAGAUAUUAUGGAAAUUAUAAGUUCCGUGGCGAUGGAUCUUGACUAUACACCAUUGAAAAAUAUGUCAAUAACGGAUAGUAAACAAUUCAAACGUCACUUGGAAGAUAUGUUCCAAGUAAUGAAGCUUUGUUUAUUGAAUAAACCACAUGAUUUGACAUUGGUAGAAUGGUUUAUUGAGUCCUUCUUUGAAAAAUGUGCAGAACAACAUCAAAAUUCGUUAAAAACACCCUCCUAUGGUUCUGGAAAUAUUAAUCUGUCAACGAUUCAUUCUGCCAAAGGUUUAGAGUACCCUGUCGUGAUGCUGUUGAAUUCUACCACAGAUACAUUCAGUAUAGAGUCUAGUACAUUAUACGUAGGGGUAACAAGGGCAAGAAAUUUACUUUAUAUGAUUAACAUAAAUCAUAGAAAAUUUAACAAACAAUGGAAGGAUCCCAAUUUAUUUCAAAACCAACAAUUCUGGAAGUACUACAACAAUGAUCUCAACCGUCCUACAACCAGUGUUCCUGGCAUAUUAGCGAGCAACUCAUCCAGAUAUCUCAGUUUAAGUAACAAGUAUGGAUUGAGAACUUAUAGUACAUACUCUCAUUGUAUCAAUAGAUCGUUGUUUAAAGCCUUGAGAUAUCGUUUAUAG